AUGAGCCAUGGAGAGGAAACUGAACUGCUACUUGAUCCCAAGGAAGAGAGGUUUGUGCUGCUCCCGAUAAAGUAUCAUGACAUAUGGAAGAUGUACAAGAAGGCGGAGAGUUCUUUCUGGACUGUGGAGGAGGUUUCCCUGGACAAGGACAUUGACGACUGGGGGAAACUGAAUGCAAAGGAGAGGCACUUUAUCUCGUAUGUCCUUGCGUUCUUUGCAGCUUCUGAUGGGAUCGUGAACCUCAACCUGGUUGAAAGGUUUUCGACGGAGGUCAAGGUGCUUGAGGCCAGGUUCUUCUACGGGUUCCAGAUGGCGAUUGAGAACAUCCACAGCGAGAUGUACAGCCUGCUUAUUGACACCUACAUAAGGGACAACGACGAGAAGAACUUUCUGUUUGACGCGAUCAGGACCAUCCCGUCUGUGAAGGAAAAGGCUGACUGGGCAAUAAGGUGGAUUGAGGACAAGAACUCUGACUUCGCGACAAGGCUUGUGGCGUUUGCCUGUGUGGAGGGGAUAUUCUUCUCUGGGGCGUUUGCAUCGAUAUUCUGGCUGAAGAAGAGGGGGCUUAUGCCUGGGCUGACGUUUUCGAACGAGUUGAUAAGCAGAGAUGAGGGGCUGCACUGCGAGUUUGCAUGUCUGCUCCACUACCACUUGAAGAAGAAAUGCAACAGGAUAAAGGAGGUUGUGAUGGAUGCGGUCGAGAUCGAGAAGAAGUUCCUGAGUGAAAGCCUGCCUGUGAAUCUCAUAGGGAUGAACUGCAACCUGAUGUGCAGGUACAUAGAGUUUGUGGCAGACAGACUGCUGGAGAAUCUUGGGGAGGAGAGGGUCUACAAUGCCACCAACCCGUUUGAUUUCAUGGAGAACAUCUCCUUGGUCGGAAAGACAAACUUCUUUGACAAGAGGGAGUCGCAAUACCAGAAGGCGUUUGUGGGGAUUGAGAAUGGAAACGACUCGUUCAGGAUAGAUGUGGACUUCUGA